CGCCAUCAUGGCGCAUGCGCAGGUGCUCGUCGCGGCUGCAGCCGCCGCACGCUCCGUGGAACGCGACGCCGCGCCAUCGACGGCGCUCAUGAUGGUGAGUGUGUGUGCGCCGCACCUUGUGCCGUGCCCUGCCUCACGCGAGAUGCCCCCGUUCGCUGCGCGUGUGCGCCCAUUGCAGGCGGACGAGGGCGCCGGGUUCAGCGUCGCGGCCAGCUCGACCGCCCUCGUCGCCGUCGGCGCGGCGGCCGCAGCGCCCAAGGCCCCCGAUGACGCGAGCGCCGACGACGAGGCGGUGCGCGCGCUCCUCGGUACGCAAUUUGAGCGCGGCGACGCGGAGGACUACGUGCAGCUCAAGGACGUGGCGGCGCUGCUCGAGGCGCACCAUCCCGACUGCCACGCGCGGCUGUACCUCAAGACGGGCACGCGCGUGCCGAGCAACGAGGCCCUGGCGGCGACGGUGUCGCGUGUGCUCGGCCGUAAGGUGCGCAACGAGCAGGUGACCUUGCCGGGCCAGGUGAAGGCGCGGGGCCCGAUCCGGGGCUUUCGCAAGGUGUGUGGCCGACCCUGAGGCUACCCCGAGGCUACCCCGAGGCUACCCCGAGGCUACCCCGAGGUUUCGCCCCGUGGCGUCGGCCGGUGACGCUCCCAGUGCAGCUCUCCACGUGCUGAGCGCUCUGUUGUGUGCGUACGUGUGCGCCAGGUCGUCGCAGCCGCAGACGAAGCCGACGGAGCAGGCGGCGAGCCACGCGCGGCCAAGGCGCCGCGGCUCGACCCCGCCGUGGAGCUGGAGGCGCUCCGCCGGCGCGUGCACGCGCUCGAGCACGAGAACGAGCGGCUGCGCGGCGCGGCGGCGGGGGUGCU